AUGUCGCUUGUUCCAAACAAACAAAUGAACAACCGAGUUGUCAUCAAUGUUGGUGGUACCCGUUUUGAAACGUAUCGCAGUACCUUAAAGAACAUUCCAGAUACCAGACUUUCAUGGAUAACAGAAACAACAGUUCAAACUCCGGACUGUGAUAAUGUUAAGGGCGAAUAUUACUUUGAUAGACACCCAGGAGUCUUCAACAUGAUUCUCAACUAUUACCGAAUCGGCAAACUACAUGCACCUACAGAUGUAUGUGGACCGAUGUUUGAAGAAGAGUUAGCAUUUUGGGGAAUUGAUGAAAAGCAGAUUGAGCCCUGUUGCUGGAGCACCUAUCGUGCGCACAGAGAUGCUCAAGAAACUUUAGCAAAGUUUGAUGGAGUUGAUUUUACAGACGGGGCUGAUGAUGAUACUGAAAUCAGUGAAGAAAUAGCUAUGCGCUUUGGAAUAGUUGAAGAAGUAAAAUUGAGCGAGAAGAGUAUAUGGGUAAGGUGGAAACCUAAAAUAUGGAAUCUUCUCGAGGAACCUAAUUCUAGUAAAGCUGCUAAGGUUGUGGCCAUCAUAUCUUUAGUUUUUGUUCUUUUUUCUAUCGGGGCUUUUUGCUUGGAGACGCAUUUGCAGUUCCGCGUUCUCAAGAAUCCGAAUAGGACUAUUACUGAAAAAACCACCGUCUUGGAGACACAACAAUUAACAAGACCCUAUCUUUUUCUUGAUGUUGUAGAAUAUACUUGCAUUGCGUAUUUUUCAUGUGAAAUAAUUGCUAGAUUUAUUUUUUGUCCUAGUAAAUUGAAUUAUGUGAAGCAAGCACUGAAUUGGGUGGAUUUCUUCUCCAUCAUACCCUUUUACUCCAAGAUAAUUGUUGUUCAUUUCGACCCAGCUUUAGAGGAUUCAACUGGACUGUAUUAUCUUAAUGCUCUCAGAUUGGUGCGCAUAUUUCGGAUUUUAAAAUUAACUCGGCAUUUUAGUGGAUUGAAGAUAUUAGCACAAACUAUAAAAGCCAGUGCAAAGGAGUUGAUGCUUCUGAUAUUAGUUUUAGCUAUCGGGGUGCUUAUCUUUGCUUGCCUUAUCUAUUACGCCGAACAGGUAGAUGAAAAUAUACACAAUGAUUUUAGGAACAUACCACGGGGAUUUUGGUGGGCUGUCGUUACUAUGACAACUCUAGGAUACGGUGACAUUUAUCCUAGGACAGUGUUAGGUUACAUUAUUGGCGCUGUUUGUGCUCUUUGUGGUCUACUAAUGCUGGCGCUGCCAGUACCUGUGAUAGUCAACAACUUUACUUUAUAUUAUUCUCAUGCGCAAGCCAGAAUUAAACUACCCAAAAAGACGAAAAAUAUUAUGGUUGGUGCUGCUGACGAAUUGAAACAACAAAGAUCGACAUCAAUACAAGACGUCUUUAGUACAGCUGGUGAAGUCAACUACCCCGAUGAUAACAGGAAAUCGAGCACUGACAGUGUUCUUAGAAGUGAGGAAAAUGUUAAAAAUCUGGGUAAGUAUAUCUCGUUCGUUUCAUAG